GUUAAACCGGAACGGAGGCCCGGCCCUCCAGUUCUGCGCCGCCGCCAUGGACCAGUCCCGCGCUGCCGUCCGCCUGCGCACAGUGCUGGGACACCUUGGUGGCCUCCCGGCCGAGGCCGUCGUAGCUCACCCCACUUCAGGGACUAUUUCUUCUGCGGGUUUCCAUCCUCAGACCUUCCAAUAUACUCUGGAUAAUAAUGUCCUAAGCCUGGAACAGAGAAAAUUUUAUGAAGAAAAUGGCUUCCUUGUCAUUAAAAAUCUGGUACCGGAUGCUGAUAUUCAGCGCUUUAGGAAUGAGUUUGAAAAAAUCUGCAGAAAAGAGGUGAAACCAUUAGGAUUACAAGUGAUGAGAGAUGUGAGCAUCGCGAAAUCAGAAUUUCAGUCAAGCGAGAACACGGUCUCAAAGAUCCAGGAUUUCCAAGAAGAUGAGGAGCUCUUCAGAUACUGCACCCUCCCCCAGGGGGGAGUUAACAUAAUGUUCCAUGGGAUCCAGGACUUGGAGGACAGUGGUGCCCGCGUGCACCUCGUGAUGGAGAAGGGAGACACUGUUUUCUUUCAUCCUUUGCUGAUUCAUGGAUCUGGUCAGAAUAAAACUCAAGGAUUCCGGAAGGCGAUUUCCUGCCAUUUUGCCAGCUCGGACUGCCACUACAUUGAUGUGAAGGGCACUAGUCAAGAAAAUAUCGAGAAGGAAGUCACUGCUAUUAUAGGAAAGCGAAUCUUUGGGGAUGAAAAUAGCAUCACCUUGAAGGAUGUUUGGAAGUUUCGGGCUCGACUCGUGCAAGGAGAAAGAACCAACCUUUGAAAGGGUCCUUUGCUGUGAUUCUUGUAAAGAAAACCAAAAUGAAACAGGCUGUCAAAGAAACAUGUCUCCUGGGUGGGACGACGUCAUCUUUUCUAUCCGUUUGUUAACAAAAUCUCAAACAACACCUGUCGGCUACUUAAUUGCACCAAGUAGUUAAUUUUGCAGCGGAAUGGUCUUGCUUUCAUGGAAAUAAAACAGCAAAAAGGAAACAUUACUGUUUUAAAGAAAACUAAUUUAGGGUUGCAACUAAUAAAGAUGAUUGGCAUGUGA